GGGCAAUCCAACUUGCGUUGGGUGGGUUCAAGGGCAGCAUUGGUGAUCUUGUGCAGUGCGAGAACAUGAGGCAGGCCAAGGAGCGCAGAGCGUACUCCCAGAGCCCUCCGCGAGGAUCGCCCACGAGCGGGGAAGGCCGCAUCUCCCUUCGCGUGGACCAGCCCGUAGAAGGAUGCGAGGUGACCACACAUGCGUUCUACCGAUCCAGCGAUGGCGACAUCGACGACGACGACUUCCGGCUGAAAUUCAGCUGGUCCAAGUCCCACUCAAAGCGGUGCUGUGCGAACAAGCAGUGCGCUCGGAUAGGCAAUGGCGAAGGCAACGUCGUUCUUCUCAUGGCCACGGUGGAUUGCGCCGUGUGCCUCCGGCAGGGCCUCUCCAGCGACAGCGCUCGCUUUUGCACGCUGGAAUGUUUUCGAAGCGCGUGGAGCACACAUCGUCAAAUACAUACCAACGGCACGACGAAACUGCGCAUCCGCGGCGCCGACGACCUCGACCGACACAAGUCCGUGGUCCAAGAAGCGCCGGUGCGCCCCACCACUGAACGAUGGAGUGUCCUUCAAGCCGCCAAGACGUACACACCGUCCACCGCAGACGUCGGCCACAUCCUUCGAGUCGAAUGCACGCCGCUGUUCCGCACGGGCGAAGAAUGCGGCCCGCCCAAGUACAUGGAGACCAACAUCGUCCUCCCAUUUCCGCCGAUGGCGCCGACGCGGCAGAUGGUGCCAGCGAUCGGCAAAGACGAGCGGCUGACGGCGGCGCGGCUGCGCAUCCACGGCGGCUUUCGCAUCUUGUCGUACAAUGUCUUGGCAGAGAUCUACGCCACGCGACAGAUGUACCCGUACUGCCCGAUGUGGGCACUGAACUGGUCGUUUCGGAAGCAGUUGCUCCAGCGCGAACUGCAACUGUACAACGCCGACAUUUUGUGCUUGCAGGAAGUCCAAGCGGACCACUACAAGAACCACUUUCUGCCCAUGAUGACAGCAUGGGGGUACGAAGGCAUGUUUCAGAAGAAGACGCGGGAAAGCAUGGGGCUGGAAGGCAAGGUGGACGGAUGUGCCAUGUUUUACCGAUCGUCGCGAUUCUACCUCAAAGAACAGUACGCGGUCGAAUUCAACGAAGCCGCGACCGACUUUAUUGCGUCCAUGUGGUCCAACUUUGAACUCGCGUAUCCGUCUGCUUCCAACCAAGAACGAGAGACGUUUCAAGCGAGCAUGGCGCGGGUCCGGCAACGCCUCGUCCGUGAUAACAUUGCCCAGAUCGUCAUACUCGACGUGGUGGCAACCGAGCCGCGCAAGGCGGCGACGUGCAUCAGCAUCGCGAACGUGCAUAUAUUUUCCAACCCAGAGUUCCCAGACGUCAAGCUGUGGCAGACGCACACGCUAUUGGACCAGAUGGACCACCUCUGCCACUCACGGCGGCUGCCGGUGAUCGUGUGCGGCGACUUCAACAGCGAGCCAUCCAGCGCCGUGUACAGCUUGUUAAGCCAGAAUCACGUGCGCAGUGACCACCCUGACCUCAAGAACCUGGCAGAAGUGCUCCACUUGAGCAAGCUGACCCACCCCAUGACGCUGCAGAGCGCGUACGCGGCCGUGUUUGGGAGCGAGCCGGCGUACACCAACUACACGGGCAGCUGGGUCGGCGUCGUGGAUUACAUUUGGUUCAGCGCCGACUCGCUCGUGGCGGCCGCGGGGCUCGAGGUGCAUCCGCCGCAUGUGCUCCGAGCCUACGCCCGGACGUGUCUGCCCAACUGCCAGUACAUUAGCGACCACGUACCGAUUUGCAUUGACUUUAGUUUCAAGACACCCAAUACGUACACUAGUACUGGGGGACGGUACUAAUAAAACUACAGGGGGAUGUAGUAGUAGGUAGUUAGUAGAAAGAUAUAACAAUCACCAAUGGUAAUAAUAACAACAA